CGCCCACGCUGGAUUCAUUGUAGGCCGUCAGGGAGGAGACCUCUAACCAGAUUCUCUGAUGGUGGGCCUCUUGCUAUUAUUUGGUGGUAGUCUAGUUUUUUUGAGUUCCCCAGCAUAGAAAUGGAUUCUUUAGGCCUGUUGGGAAGGUUUAAGUUUAAGGACCUUUUGUCAUUUAAAAUCACCAACUCUUUUAGCGGAGACAGCUUUAAAAAUAUUUUCUCUACUAUUUUGCGUGGAUAUUUUACGAUUCCACACUCAUUGUUACAAGAAAAUAGCCAAUCAAAUACUAAAUUUGGAAAUGGACAUGACGUCACUACCCAGGUAGAAAGGGAGGGACUUGUUUGAAAGAAAACGCGUUGUACGGAACACACAGUACAUAACUGUUGGCUCAUUUCAAUUGGCCAUUCCUCUGUUCAGAUUCUUACACGUCCAUCAUCUCUCUCUCUCUCUUCUCGCCCACCUACGUUUCACCCCCCCCUCCUUGUUUUUGUUUAUUUAUUUCUACUACACAAAUACGUAUUAUUCUUCUUCGAUAUUAAAAAAAAAAAAAAAAAAUGUAACUGCAAAAAGUAACACCUUUUUUCUCCGCUUUUUGUUCUCUCUUCGCCCCUCGCUCAUCGCUUACAUUUCUUCACACCAAAAAAAAGGGGGCUUUCUCUCUCUCUCUCUCUCUUCCUCCAUAAUUAGGGUUUUGAAAUGUGGAGGGAGAAUGGACGGCUCUGAAAACACCGUUUCAAUUCCCAAUGAAGAUGAGUUAGGGUUAGGGCUCCGGCCUUCGUCUCCUGCCCAGCCUGAUGUUGAGAAGCUCAACCAGGAAUUCCUGUCUCUAGUGUUGGAGCAACACGAGCCUGUUGUUGAAUCUCUCGCUUUGGAGCAACAUGAGCCUGUUGUUGAAUCUCUCGCUUUGGAGCAACAUGAGCCUGUUGUUGAAUCUCUCGCUUUGGAGGAGAGGGAGGAGGAGAAGGAGGAGGAUGAGGAGAGUGAUUCCAACGGUGAGGUGAAAGCAAGUGAUGAUGAGGAGGAGCAGUGCGAGAAUCUUGAGGACGAAUCGGCGGCCAAGGAUGACAAGAGUGCCAGGUUUCAGUAUCCGGUGAGGCCGGAUGCGGUGGACUGUUCCUUUUAUCUUCGGACUGGGACGUGUAAGUUUGGAUCCAAUUGCAAGUUCAAUCACCCGAUUAGAAGGAAGAACCAGGUUGCUAAGGAGAAGGUGAAGGAAAAGGAAAAGGAAGAAUUUCCAGAAAGGCCAGGGCAAACAGAAUGCAAGUAUUACCUGAGGACAGGGGGAUGUAAGUUUGGAAAAGCUUGUAGAUAUAAUCACACGAAGGCUAAACCUUCUGCAGUUCCAGUUCUAGAGCUCAACUUUCUUGGCCUGCCAAUCCGAAUGGGAGAGAAAGAGUGUCCCUACUACAUGCGGACUGGCUCAUGCAAGUAUGGAGCAAACUGCAGGUUUAAUCAUCCUGAUCCUACAGCUGCAGGGGGAUAUGAAUCUCCUUCAGGAUAUGGAAAUGGGGGAUCUGUUCCAUUACAAGGUGCAUCACAAUCAAAUAUGGCAUCUUGGUCUUCACCAAGAGCAUUGAAUGAGCCUGCUCCAUUUGUGCCUAUUAUGUUUUCACCAACUCAAGGUGUUCCUCCCCCAAAUCCUGAAUGGAAUGGAUAUCAGGCUCCUCUGUAUCCACCACCACCACCAGAAAGGAGUAUGCAUCCCCCUCCAGCAUUUGUUAUAAACAAUACAGCAACGGAUGCCAAUGUAUAUGGUCAUCAUCAACAGCAACAGCAAUCGCUUAUUGAAGACUUUCCAGAACGGCCUGGUCAACCUGAAUGCUCUUACUUCUUAAAGACUGGGGACUGCAAAUUUAGGGCUGCAUGCAAAUAUCACCAUCCAAAGAAUCGAAUUCCAAAGUCACCUCCAUGCACCCUCAGCGACAAGGGUCUGCCAUUAAGACCAGAUCAGAAUAUCUGCACCCACUACAACCGCUAUGGCAUUUGCAAGUUCGGACCUGCCUGUAAAUUUGACCAUCCAGUAAAUUAUGGCAACUCGGCCUCGGCCCCUUCAGCUGAGUCUGGCCAAGACCAGCCCCCUCCUUUUGGGGGCUCUGUCACUGCUGAUGGGGUCAGACCUGGCAGUGGGAACGGAAACGAGAUUCUAAUCCAGCAGCCUGUCUAAGACUUUUUGCAUUAAGGUGCUUCUUAAUGUUUUAAAGGAUUUAGUUAACAAGGAUUUUGGGUUUUUUUUUUUUUUUCGUUUUUGUUUUUUUCUCCUCUUGUAAACUUAAAAAAAAAAAUUUCUAUUUAUCUCUUCAGUUGAAGCUGCCACAUGCUUUUCAAAGGAUGGCAAUUUUAUAAUGUGUUAUGUUACUACAAAGCUUAAGCAAAAUCAGGAUGUGUAAAUUAUUCUA